AGAGAGAGAGAGAGAGAGAGAGAGAGAGAGAGAGAUGCGCCUCUUGCAAUCAUCGACUUUGCGUGUCGUGAUAAACAUUUUUGGACCCACCGAGAGGAGAACUGAUGUUUGUAAUUUUUAUUCAACAGAGCUUUGGUAUCAUCAGCAGUUUUAAUUAAGCUGUCUGGAAAAAUACAUCGAAUGUUAUGAUUAGGCAAGGAAUUAGCCAGCACUAAAUGUAUUCGCUGAUCGUUUUGUGAAUUAAUUAAGCUAUAGCAUUUUCUGGAUCCUUUUACAGAAGUGAAAUAUGUUGCCACAUGGGUAACCAACCGAUAUUAUCAGCAUUUAUUCUAGUUCGGCUGCAUUAUUCUUCAAAGUAGGCUAAAUGAGAUAGCCCUACACAUUGGUGCUGCUGAUGUGAGACUGGACACUGUGUUAGAUAGGGAACAUUUUAUGAAUGUAUGAGGAAUCUACGUUUGCCGGGUGUUGAAUUCCGUGAGUCGAUUAGUGAGUGUGCGAAUUCUCACAUUUGUAUUCGUUGUACUUGCGACGCAAUAUGCCAGGCGAGGCCAGGUGCGAGGAAGCCUGUAGCUACGAUUGUGCCGUUGUUGCGGCACACUCUUGGUCUCUAGCUGGACUCGAGACCGACAGAACUAACCUCAGUUUAUAGCUGAAAAGAAGAAAUCCAGCUGGUGAAAGCUUUUUACCACCCCACCCAUAAGCUUACAGAAAGCAUUACCGUCUCUUACACAGUAUUUUCGUGCAUCUCUGCGAGAUAAAGCCAGACCGGCGGAUUGCAUCCGUUAACAGUUUCAAGUGAGGAAUCUGUUGCGCUCUUCCUGCUGUGUAGUGUCCGGCUGAAGCUACUAAAUCCCCGCGGAGCUGCGCCCAGUAGCAUCCUGCUGAAAAUCCCCAUCAACUCCCCGCAGAUGACUGUAGGAAUGUCCCAAAGAGGGAGCGUCUUGUGAGUAUUCAAACUCCUAGUCUUUGUCUGGCUUCAUCACUAGACCGGAGUCAGACCAGACGCUGACUCUGCGUGAGCCAGGUUAAGGCCUGGAUUGUUGCCCGGCACCCUCAACUUCUGCCAGAAAACACAAGCCUGCCCGCUUUGAUACUUUACCUGGAAGGCCUUGCUCCUCAACUACAACCACAGACAGGACAGGGACCAACCAAACUUCUUUUAAAUCCCUCUAGCUUUUUGCAGACCAAUUCGCAUUUUUGCAUCCGAGUCUAAAUAGCAUCUCAAAGAGCCUCUAGAGACAAUCGUCAGGAUGCAGGUGUCUUUUGCCUGCACUGAGCACAACCUGAAGAGCCGCAGCGAGGAUCGACUCUGCGGCCUUCGCACUGCCCCACCACCAGGGGGAGGCAGUGGGGGAGGAGGAGGUGGAGGAGGGAGCGGCCAGGGGGGCAAUGGCAACUACAUCCCCCAGGGCUCAUCCAAGCCCAGGGACGUGUCAGGGUCGCGCCCGGCCCCUCAGGGCCAUGCCCACAUGAAGGAGGCCAUUGGACGCCACAGCAGUAUGAAAUACAGAAACCUUGGGAAGUCGGGGCUGCGUGUGUCUUGCUUGGGGCUGGGCACCUGGGUGACAUUUGGAUCCCAGAUCUCAGACGAGACGGCUGAAAACCUGAUGACCAUCGCCUAUGAGAACGGUGUGAACCUCUUUGACACGGCGGAGGUGUACGCCUCGGGCAGGGCCGAGAUCACCUUGGGUGACAUCAUCAAGAAAAAAGGAUGGAGACGCUCCAGUUAUGUGGUCACUACGAAGAUCUACUGGGGUGGCCAGGCAGAAACGGAGAGAGGGCUGUCUAGAAAACACAUCAUCGAAGGCCUGAGAGGAUCCUUGUCCAGACUCCAGCUAGAUUAUGUGGAUAUUGUCUUUGCCAACCGUAAUGAUGUCAACAGCCCCAUGGAAGAGAUCGUCCGGGCCAUGACCUUCGUAAUAAACCAGGGAAUGGCCAUGUACUGGGGAACCUCUCGUUGGAGCGGCAUGGAGAUCAUGGCAACGUACUCUGUGGCGCGCCAGUUCAACCUGAUUCCACCCGUGUGCGAGCAGGCAGAGUACCACUACUUUCAGAGGGACAAGGUGGAGGUGCAGCUUCCUGAGUUAUACCACAAGAUAGGCGUCGGGGCAAUGACCUGGUCUCCCCUUGCAUGUGGGCUGAUCACGGGGAAAUACAGUGAAGGUGUGCCUGACUGCUCACGGGCAUCCAUGAAGGGCUACCAGUGGCUGAAGGAGCGAGUGAACAGUGAGGACGGUCGCAGACAGCUGGCCAAGAUCAAGGAGCUUCAUCUGCUGGCUGACAGACUGGGCUGCACUGCUGCCCAGUUAGCCAUAGCGUGGUGUCUGCGCAGUGAGGGAGUCAGCUCGGUACUGCUGGGAGUUUCCAACACUGAGCAGCUGGUGGAGAACUUGGGUGCCCUCAGGGUCCUGUCCCAGAUGACCCCUCAGACUGUCACAGAGAUCGAUGCGCUCCUCGGAAACAAGCCCCACUCGAAGAAAGAGUCACGGGCAUGAAGAAACAAAAGAACAAACAGCGAGAUUAAGUCAGGGGAAGAUGAGGAAAGGAGACGAGGACACAGGGGAAGGAGGCGUUUAGCCCUCCUGUAUACUCAACGACUUGCAUGUCCUCCCCGCAACAUCGUGCUUCCAGUUCAUGCGCGUUUCCAUUCUGCGCAUUACAUUGUAUCAUGUAUGAAACAAAAAAAAAGGAAACCUUUCAAUGUGCAAAAACAAAGGUUAGGUUCUUAUAUAUUACACAUUAACAAGUCUUCACUGACUGAUCACUGCUAUGAAGAGGGCGUGGCCAUCAGGUUUCUGUCUUCCCAAGUGACCAAUGAGACAGCUGGAGAAGGCGAGAGUUGAUGGGGGAAAUAUGGAGGGCCUGUAGUUGUCUGGAGGACUGCUCAGUUGCCUAAGCAAACGGGACCUUUCUUUACCAAGAAUGACGUUUCUUUUCUAGAAGACCGAGGCCCUCUCACUUGACUGUAACUGAGGCUGCUGUAGUACACACUGUCCCUGCAGCGGCCUGUUACUGUAGUCUCUCUGAGGUUAGGUACCCAGCAGAGAGCCAAAGGUUAGCGCACGUGUGUGGCCUGUCAUUUCCCCUUCGUGUGCAUGUGACUGGCCUGCCAAUCUGUGUGCUUUAACAGCAGUCUUCCUUUGCCUCCUCGCUGUGUAAACUGUGCGCAUGUCCCUUUAAGAAAGAAACAGCCCUUUCAGGGCGUCAAUGUGGCAUGGCUUUUGUGGUUUGUGUAGAUUUGCUGUGCCCCUGUAAGCGGUCUCAUUGCACUAAAUGGACAAGCAGGCUGAUCUAGGGUGCGCGUUGCUGGGUGCUUUAGUGUCACUGACUGCCUACAGCACACUGCCAGUGUCCAACUCCAUUAGCCUAUGUAUUAUCCUAUAUUCUAUAUCAUACAAUUUUGGCGUUAAUGACAAUGAAAAUCAAGGCUUCUCCUUGUUCUCUUGGAAGAGCUGUUUAUUUCCCUCUAAGAGUAUAGACGGAGUGGAAUGAUGAAAAUAUGUUUUCACCCCAAUGACAGACAGUGGGUAGAACAAUGUAUGGUGUUUUGUGAUGCUAGGUUUUUAGCGAAACCAUAUAAUAUGUCAUUCAUCAUUUUCCGUACUUAGAAAACAUUAUUCUGUGGCAAAACGGAUAUGUUCAACCCAUCUAGCCUGUGGAUUCUACUGUAGGAAGAGUUAAAAGAGUAUUAAGGACUCUUCUAGAGUUUUCUCUGAGUAGAACGUAGCAUUAGAGAAAUGCAGGGUCACUGCACACACUGUCAGUCAAUGAAACCGACUCACAUGUUAAUCGUUAAUCCAAAAGAGUAUUUCUAUCUUUCCUAAAAGAUGCAACAAAUGCACAGGAUAAAAGGGUAAUCAGGAUUUAGACUGGUGGAAUGAAAUCCUGUUUUUGGAGUCAUGGUUGUUGAGUUUGAGAUUAUGAAAUUCAACAUACUUUGUGGCACAGGUCACAAUGGUAAGAUUAAGUGUGAGGCAGAUUUAUUUAUUUAUUUAGUCUUCUAUUGAGCAGCCUGGACACAUACAGUAGCUGUGUAGCUCUUUAUUUUUUAGAAAUUGUUGUUUUUCUUUUCCAUAUGGAAAAAAUAUAUUACUGCCUCUUGGUUUUAUUUUGAUCUAUGUCAUGUUAACUUUGUCAUGUUUCAAGAGCCUCUUAUUUUUAUCUCCUGUAGGUUUUCUGGAAGUGAGUUCUUUCAUGAGUACCUGUGAAUUUGAAUAGAGGAAGAUUCGUCCCAUUAUUGUUAUUUCCCAUAUUGAUGAGAGCAACCAAGUGUGUACUGUGUUUUUUGAUACAGUUAAAUGUUAUUAAUGUUAAUAUUAAUUUGCAUAUGUAAAUACUCUACUGUUCUUCAGUGGAUUAUGAAAAAUGUUGACUUCAUGUUUGAUUCAUGUGGAAAGAUUCUUAUAUUAACUGAUCCAAUAAUAUUGACGCAUCUAUGUUAAUGUGAUAUGACUGACAGGAUCAUAGUUGACAAAUGCCCAUGUAUAUAAAUACUUCAAUCACUCCUGAAGACUGUAACUUUGCCUGCAUAACUUAUAUUUUAUUGUCUUGAAACAAAAAUGAAAAAAGAGAGAAAGAAGCCUUGUACUGAAUGUAUCAUGCUUGCCCUUAAAAUACCAGAGAAAACUAACUUA